CAUGGUUUACCAAAUUACUACAGUGUUUUUCAAGCUGCACUGAAGGAAUCACUUUUAGGAGGAGUUCUGUUUCACAAAAAGUUGACAUUUUUAAUGGUGUGGAUGCUUCAAAUUAUCUUAAUCCCACAAGUUUUAGAUUCUGGAACGUCUUGUUUUGGCAAGUACAAGAGGCACCACUAAGUCUCAGGGGUUUCGAACUGUUUAUGAGAGACAAGUAGCAGCAACAAAUACACAGAAUACUUUUCUCUUCCCCUUCGUGAGGAGAGUGAUAAUCACAUGGUGUCUGUAAAGGAAGAACCUAAUUAUUGUUGUCGGUCACCCCUCUGACAGGAUUAUGACUUUAGGACUGUUGGUGGUGAAAGGCGACACGAGGUCCGCAGAACAUGUUAAUUAUGAUUGUGGCCUUACGGGAACAAAAUGCCCACAUUCAGAGAAAAGUUGCUUCUGGGGAGGGAGGAGAGGACAUUCUGGAGGGCAGUGAAACUCAACAGAAGGUCCAUAGCAAGCGUCUGUCCAACGGCUCUCUGGAGUCGGCCCAUGAGGCGAGCCAGGUGGUGGAGCUGCAGGACCUGCUGGAGAAGCAGAACUACGAGCUGGCCCAGAUGAAGGAGCGCAUGUCCUCCCUCUCCUCCCGGGUCUCCGAGGUGGAGCAGGAGCUGGAGACCGCCCGCAAGGACCUCAUCAAGUCAGAGGAGAUGAACAACAAGUACCAGAGGGACAUCAAAGAGGCCAUGUGUCAGAAAGAAGACAUGGAGGAACGGAUCGUAACAUUGGAAAAACGCUACCUGAGCGCCCAACGAGAGUCCACCUCGGUGCAUGACAUCAAUGACAAACUGGAGAACGAGUUGGCUAAUAAGGAGGCGUUCCUCAGACAGAUGGAGGAGAAGAACAGGCAGCUACAGGAGAGGCUGGAGCUUGCAGAGCAGAAGCUCCAGCAGACCAUGAGGAAGGCUGAGACGCUGCCGGAAGUAGAGGCUGAACUGGCCCAGAGGAUAGCAGCCCUCACCAAGGCGGAAGAGCGUCACGGGAGCAUUGAGGAGCGAAUGAGGCACUUGGAAUGCCAGCUGGAGGAGAAGAACCAGGAGCUGCUACGGGCUCGACAGAGAGAAAAGAUGAACGAGGAGCACAACAAGCGACUCUCGGACACGGUGGACAGACUCCUCACGGAGUCCAAUGAGCGUCUUCAGCUCCACCUGAAGGAGAGGAUGGCAGCUCUAGAAGAGAAGAAUCUGUUAAUCCAAGACUCAGAUGGUUACAGAAAACAGUACGAGGAGUCAAUCCAUGAAAAAACACAGCUGGCAGAGGAGAUUGACAAACUGAGAUCAGAGCUCGAUCAAUUCAGACUGAGGGCAGGCUCCCUCACAGAACCCACCCUGUCACGGUCUCAUCUAGACACAUCAGCUGAGCUCCGAUUCUCGUUAGGAUCUCUGGCUGAAACCCAGUCAGACCACUACCGCUCAGCCAAGGUCAUCCGACGGCCAAGGAGAGGUCGAGUGGGUCUGCGUGAAACCAAGGCUAAGUCGCUGGGGGAGCAUGAAUGGCGCUCGCAGCAGCUAGGGGUCCUGGGAGGCCACCACUUUGAGAGCGACACAGAGAUGUCAGACAUUGAUGACGACGACAGGGAAACUCUGUUUAGCUCCAUGGACCUACUCUCACCCAGCGGCCACUCGGAUGCACAAACUCUGGCCAUGAUGCUGCAGGAGCAGCUAGAUGCAAUCAACAAGGAAAUUCGGCUGAUCCAGGAGGAGAAGGAGUCAACGGAGCUGCGUGCGGAGGAAAUAGAAAACCGGGUAGCCAGUGUCAGCCUGGAGGGUCUCAACCUGGCUCGAAUGCACCACCACGGAGCCUCCAUCACUGCCUCAGCCACCGCCUCCUCCUUGGCCUCCUCCUCCCCACCCAGCGGACACUCCACCCCCAAACUUGAUCCUCGAAGCCCCGCCCGCGAUAUGGAGCGCAUGGGGGUCAUGACACUGCCUAGUGAUCUGAGGAAACACAGGAGAAAGAUAGCAGCGGUGGAUGAGGAUGGCCGUGAGGACAAGGCCACAAUCAAGUGUGAGACAUCCCCCCCUCCAACGCCACGCACUGUCCGAAUGACACACACACUGCCAGCCUCCUCGCACAAUGACGCACGGGGGAUUGUGGCCUCUCUAGAGGCUGAGGCCAGCGCACUGAGUAGUGUAGCCAGCAGCCAAGACUCCCUCCACAAGCAGCCAAAGAAGAAGGGCAUUAAAUCCUCCAUCGGACGGCUUUUUGGCAAAAAGGAGAAAGGCAGACUGGCACAUCUGGCACACAGACACGUCAUGGUAGAUCCACAAGCGACAAUGAUGGAUCCAGACAUGGCGGGCCAGGAUAUGGGGAUGGGCAAGCUGGGAACUCAGGCUGAGAAGGACCGCAGAUUGAAAAAGAAACACGAGCUAUUGGAGGAGGCCAGGAGAAAGGGUUUACCUUUCGCCCAAUGGGACGGUCCCACUGUUGUAGCCUGGCUGGAGCUGUGGUUGGGAAUGCCUGCCUGGUACGUGGCGGCAUGCCGCGCCAACGUGAAGAGUGGAGCCAUCAUGUCGGCCCUAUCUGACACCGAGAUCCAGCGGGAGAUUGGUAUCAGUAACCCUCUGCACCGGCUCAAACUUCGCCUGGCCAUCCAGGAAAUGGUCUCUCUCACCAGCCCCUCUGCCCCGCCCACCUCCAGAACCCCGUCAGGCAAUGUAUGGGUGACCCAUGAGGAGAUGGAGACCCUGGCAGCCCCUUCCAAAACGAAGUCACAGUCUGAAGAGGGGAGCUGGGCACAGACUUUAGCUUAUGGCGAUAUGAACCAUGAGUGGAUUGGGAACGAGUGGCUGCCCAGUCUAGGACUACCUCAGUACCGCAGCUACUUCAUGGAGUGCCUAGUGGAUGCACGCAUGCUGGACCACCUCACCAAGAAGGACCUGAGGGUUCACCUCAAAAUGGUGGACAGCUUCCACAGAACAAGUUUACAGUAUGGAAUCAUGGGGCUGAAGAAGCUCAACUAUGACCGGAAAGAACUGGAGAGACGCAGGGAGCACAGCCAGCAUGAAAUGAGAGAUGUACUAGUGUGGAGUAAUGAGCGGGUCAUCCGCUGGGUGCAGAGCAUAGGCUUGAGGGACUACGCCAACAUCCUGCUGGAGAGCGGUGUACAUGGAGCUCUUGUUGCCUUGGAUGACAACUUUGACUACAGCAGUCUGGCGCUGCUCCUCCAGAUCCCCAACCAAAACACUCAGGCACGUCAGAUUCUGGAGCGAGAGUACAAUAAUCUGCUGGCGCUGGGCACUGACAGGAGACUGGAUGAGUGUGACGACAAAGACUUCCGGGGUCCAUCAUGGAGGAGGCAGUUCCCGCCCCGAGAUGUUCACGGAAUAAGUAUGAUGCCCGGAUCAGCAGAGACGCUCCCUGCUGGAUUUCGUCUCACCACAACUUCCGGUCACUCCCGAAGACUGCCCCCUGAGGUCCUCUAUGAGGCGCUGGAUGACAGUCCUGACGACAUGUAUUUGGAUUGGUUUCAAGUCGGACCCUCUGCAGUGCAGCGGCUGGACAGCUCCACGGUGAGAACCUACUCCUGCUGAGAGGAGGAAGAGAGGGACCUUAAACUGUACGCUGUUCAGUUCUGAAUGAAGAUUAACUAGAGGAUGCUGCUGGAUGGGCCAACCUGCCCAGGAACAAACAAAUUCUGAUGACACGCACUGCCAAGAAGCCCUGCUCUCUUCUGACCCCCCUUACCCAACCCUACUCCACGCCCCCAUAAUGUGGGCACCAGAUGCCGGUGCUAAACUGUCCUGCAGGCUACCCUGUUGUCACCAUUUCUACCUUUUACAUGUACAGUAACUUGUCGAAGCAUAACGUACUGUGUUUCUUCUACAGGAGAUGUGUAGGUUAUCUGUAAAUAUAUAUGCCAUUUUUUUAAUAUAUACACACAUCUAUGUAUAAAAAGAUAUUCAGAGUUUGUGCAAAAAAUGUCCCUGCCACCUCAUUUAGUGGACUAUAGAUUAAUAUAUGCUGCUCUUUAAACUGUCUCCAUAUUACCCCGCCCCUCUAGAUCAUUUUGUACAUAUGGUUUUAUUUUUUCAUUGUGCUGAUGAUGAUUAUUAUUUUGAUGAUCCUGUGCUACAUCGUAAGUGAGGAAGAGACUGGAUGUUGUGUGAAAACCUGCCCUCUAGUGGUGCACAAGUACCACCGAGCCCCAUUUCUGGCACCAACAAACUUCAUUAUCCUUUCUUAUGGACUCGCUGUCAUAAUAGAAGCAUUUUAAGGAGACAGGUCGAUGCACUGGAACGACAUGACAAGCACUUUGAUACAACCGCAUCAACUCAAACGGCCUGUUCAGUAGCCAAGGACAAAAGAAGAGACGCCACUGCUCUCCGAAGUUGCACAAAAACUUCUCUGAACAAAAAAGCAGGUGGUCGUUCACAGAACCUGUCACUUGUUGUACUGUAUGUUUUGUCAGGCGAUACAAAGGACAACUACACACACAGCCAAGCUGGCCUUCUCCCCCUCCCCUAAGACACUACGUUAACAGAACACAGGAAAUAACUGAAAGACAGACUGCUUUAGCUCAUCGUGUGCGUAGAGUGUAUAUGACCAUGUUGAAGUGAGGUGACUUAAUGACAAACCUGUUGCUUGCAGUGACUUACAUUGGUGUAACUCUUUGUUUCUGUCAGAGUUUUCAGGGUAACCUAUUGUACAGCCCUGUUAUCUGUCUUUUAGUUAUUUCUUACGACUCAAACAAGUCUUACGCUUUUAAUUUGUUUUUACAUCUUCAAUUUGCACGAACAAUGAAUCAUUUUAUUUUGUGUUCAUUUUUUUUUUAUUCUUGUACUUUGGUCAAAACUAAGUGGUGAGCAAGCAAAUUUUCAUCGUCAAUAAAAGAAAACCAACUACCGUCAGUAAA